AUGCCUGACGACGAGCAAUCAUUCUUUGACAAAGAAAGAGACCGUCUAUCUAAUGAAAUCGCAGCAAAUUUCGAGCACCUUCUCACCUCAUCGAAUCUUCUCAACCGCAAGCUCGAAGAAGUCCUCGGCAUGACAAAAGAAUAUGACACGAUAGCCGCUCUUUGGUCUCGUUUCCAUGCGCUCAUGCGUGCUCAAGGCGGCGCUUCCGAUGAUAAUACAAAUGGCAAUGUAAACGAGAGCCUUGUUGUCCCUCUCCACGAUACGACGGUUAUGCCGAACGUCAACGCUCCUUCGGGACUCCCUGGUACUGGAGGAUAUACGUUACAAGCCCCACCAUCUGCGAGGAAGACGGGUGCUUAAGCAUUAUCAUCCGCGAAGUUCCAGAGAUAUCAAAUUUGGCAUUGGUUGCUUCAGUUUCCUCGAAUCCGUUCGCUUGGAUAUCGAACAGCCUGGCAUCCAACUAGAUCUUCGUGCUCAAGUGGCUGCUUCCUGCCUAGCCAAAUAUGAGAUUGCCGAAUGAUAGGGCACUUCGCGCAUCGUGCAUACCAUACCCGCGUUAUCAUCAUCUACGCAGGAUAUUUAGACCAGUGUCGGGGACUCGUGUCUGGAGCCGUACUUCGUAUUGUAAUUUUAGCCGCCAGAUGCUUCAGCAGCAUGUCUUCAACUCCCGCAAGCAAAUGUAACAGAUCAAAUAUGGGAAAUAAUAGUUUAUAUACCAACUU